GCCCACAGGAGCUGCGACAACAAAGUUCAAUGACUGUGAGACUGAGCAGAGGCUGCUGAAGGGGAGGAAGCAGCUUGCAGCCACCGAGUGGAGGGGGACUGGACUGUCUAGCUCCCAGAUGCUCGGCCUCCUGGAGAGCACGACCCCUGUCGGCUGGAUCAUCGGUGCUGCUGUGUCUGUUCUGCUGCUGCUGCUGCUACUGGCCAUCUGCCUUUUCCAUGGACCGCAGGACCACGACGUGGAGAGGAACCAUCCAGCUGUAGGAGGAAACCGAGUCAGGCGAGCCCGGCGAGCCCAGCGUUGGCUCUUCCAGGGCCAGGGCCUGGGCCCCUUGGGAAACAUUCAUCAUCAUCAUCAUCAUCAUCAUCAUCACCCUGGCCAUGUGACUCAGGGGCCCAGUGUGGGCCUCCAUCACCACACCCGCCACCACCAGCUCCACCUCCACCACCACCACCUGCACCAUGCCCACAGAGGCUGCCGCUGAUGCCUGUGGAUGCCCGUGCUCCCUGCCCGGCCCUGUCACCCAGCCCAAGGAUGCGUGGACCCCGAGGUCUCCAUGUGGAAGGAUGUGUCUCUGGGUGAACGAGGGGGUACUGCCUGGGCUUCAUUUACAUGCUGUGCUCCCCUUGACUGUGCAGCAGAGAACUUGAGAGCCACCUGGGGCGGCCAUUUAGGGUUCAGAGUGGAGAGCAGGGUUGGCUGGACACCCCCUUGUAUCAUCAUGAGGGUGCCUGGUAGAGCCAGUGCGCGGGUGGAGGUAAAGUGCUCCUCUGACUUUCCUUAGGCACCGGUGGGCCUCUGGCAGGCAGGUGGCUGGAGAGACCCCGAGAGUGCCCUUGCAGUUUGGAGGAGGCUGCAGAGUCAGUUCAUUGGUGCCUUAUGUGAAAUAAAGCCACCAAGA